CGAAUGUUUCGUUGAUGCGAAUAGCAACUUCUGUUCGAGAAACAAUUGUUUUUGUUUGAGUGAAUUUACCAAUGCUGCUUUUAUGCUGAUAUGAUCAUGGACCUUCCACAGAUAAUGCGGAUUGGCUAUGGAAUAGUUAUAGGAAUAUUCAUACUCAUGAUGUGGAUUUCUAUGAUAGAAACGAAAGAAACAGAAUCCGUGCAGUAUCCACCAUGUUUCUUCAAUAGUUUGUGUAGUUGCUCCAAAUCUAUACCUGAUCUGGGAAUUGUUAGAUGUCAGAAUGUGCACUUGCCAAGGAUACCAGAAACUGUAAACAUCUCGAAAGUUUUCAUGCUGCACCUAGAAAACAAUCAGCUACGAACGAUUGAUCCAUUCUUCUUACAAAGUACAGGUUUAUAUAAGAUAGUUAUCAGUCGAAAUCCUCUUUCAACCAUACCAGACGAAGCUCUAAUCGGACUGGAAAGAUCAUUGUGGGAAAUAGAAAUGAGCCAUUGUGAUCUCACCGUAGUCCCCAAUAGGGCAAUUCGAUAUCUACAAAAACUUAGACGUCUGGAUUUAACAGGUAAUGACAUCAGCAACAUCUCUCCUGAAAACUGGCGGGGCAUAGAAAGUUCUCUCCAAACUCUUAUACUAGCUGAUAAUUACAUCAGUUUCAUACCAACCGAUUCGUUCUCGAGUAUGAUGAAUCUGGAAACAAUCGACCUCAGUGGAAAUAAUCUGAGGGAAAUUGAUUCUUCUGUUUUUCGAGAUGGCAUGGGAAAACUCGCUAAUCUAUUAUUGGGCGAUAAUCAGUUAACUGCUAUACCUUACCAGGCACUGCAACCCCUGAGAAUAUUGAAAACGCUCGAUUUGAGCUACAAUGUAAUAAAUAAGAUGGAACCAGCUACUGAGCCAGGUGUCGAUAUCAACUUGAAUUAUCAAUUGAGUCUAGAUGAAUUGAGAUUGGAUUAUAAUCAAUUGAAUAUAUUGUUGCCCGUUUCAUUCAAGUAUUUCAAUGUCUUGAAUAAAACAUAUCUUGAUGGGAAUCGUCUGUUCAGCAUUGAGGAAAAUGCAUUCAGACAAGCUAGUAUCAAGGAACUCUACCUGAGGAAUUGUGGUUUGACAGAGAUGUCUCCAAGUGCGUUUGAUGGAUUGGAAAAUUCAUUGGAAACAUUAGACCUAUCUGGAAAUAACAUAUCAUUUCUACCACAUGUCGUAUUGAGUCGAUUCGGAUCUUUGCGAACUUUGUCACUGAGUGAUAAUGCUCUACCGAAUCUGGAUGCGACCGAAAUAUUCAGUGGGUUCUUGAAUUCUCUAUAUAAGCUGGACUUGAGUGGAAUUGAUAAUGGACCAAUUAACUUACAAGAUAUAAGAAGGUUGAGGAAUUUACGAACUCUCUCUCUAUCAAGACUGUCACAGCCUUCAAUAACUCCAGAGGACUUUUUGGGAUUUGGCAUAGAUCUGGAAGGGCUUCAAAUUACUUUUGCCAAACUACAGAUCAUCAAGAACAAUGCAUUCAAAUACGUUCAUGCUCUGAAAUCUAUUGAUUUAUCAGAAAAUAAUAUUGAUACAAUCGAAAAUCAUGCGUUUGCUGAUAUUGGGCAUUCCCUCACACACCUGAAAUUAUCCCAUGCUCUUUCAUCAUCAUUCUCUAAUGUACCGAUAGAUGCCAUCAGUGUUUUAUCAAACAUCAAAGAGCUUGAUCUGAGUAAUAACAGACUGAAGAUAAUGCCUGAAACGUCUUUCCACUUUCUUCGGAACUUGAGGAAACUCGAGCUUCAAGAUAACAUUAUUGAAAUCAUCCAUAAAGGUACAUUUCAGGGUGAUAUACAUACAGAAUUGAUGGAGAUCCAUCUAUCGUUCAAUAAUAUACGAUCUAUAACUCAGCAUUCCUUCGUGAAUCUCCCCAAUCUGGAGCAGCUUAAUUUGGAUGACAACAGUAUCGAAUCACUCGAAAGAAGAUCGUUCAUGAAUUUGGAACAAAUAAAACGACUUAAUUUGAGAGGCAAUAAGAUAUCCAUUGUACCAUUCGAAACAUUUCAGAAUCUGCCACAGUUAGAAGAUCUGGAUAUAUCUUAUAAUCAACUGAGGAGUUUUGAUUUUGGCAUGUUCGACCAAGUAGGGACAUUAUCCAUAUUCAGUGUCAACAUCAGUCACAAUAACCUCGGAGAUCUCUUGGUGAAUUUACCGAUAGCUUCUGAAUCUGCAGGUAUCAAUGGUAUCCAUUCCAGCAUAAAAAGUCUCGACUUGUCUUUCAAUAACAUCACAUCGAUAUCCAAACAGUUCUUCAGACCAGUUGAGCUUUCUUUGACACAUUUAUAUUUGUCCCACAAUAACAUCAUGAAUGCGACCAAAGAUGUUUUUGGUAACAUGAGGCAUCUACAGUUGUUGGAUAUUUCUUAUAAUGGAAUGUACGAAUUGGAUUUUGACAUGUUCAGGAAUACCAAGAAGGUGCAAGUUUUACGUGCAUCACAUAACAACAUUGCUGAUGUUCCAAAUGAUUUAUUCCGCUUUUUGACCAAUCUCAGGAUAGUCGACCUCUCACAUAACAGGUUGCGAUCUCUUUCUGAUAACCUAUUCAGAGAGGAGGGUCUUGAAAGACUGGACAUAUCUCAUAAUUUCUUGAGCAAAUUACCAUUGUCCAGCAUGACAGUUGCAACUGCUAUGACUCUUUGCGAACUGGAUUUGUCAUGGAACAGCAUUUCUUCCUUAUCUCAUGGAGGAUUGAUUACAAGAUUCAAGAGAUUGAUGUAUCUAGAUUUGUCCUACAACAGAUUAGCUCAAAUAGAUGCUGGUGUAUUCAGAGCACUUCCAAGAUUAUCUAGCCUUGAUUUGAGUCACAAUAGCCAAUUAGCAUUGGAGCCAAAUGGUUUGAGUUUCCAAGGAUUGGAAUAUUCGUUGCUCCACUUGAAGUUGAAUAAUGUUUCCUUAACUAUGGUUCCAACAUUACCGACACCAAAUCUGGUAUCCUUAUCGUUAUCUCACAAUUUCUUGCCGAGUGUUCCUCCAGAAAUGGCAACGAAUAUGACUAAUUUGCGAAGGCUUGAUUUGGAUUUCAAUGAUUUGACUGCAGUUCCGAUUGUCACUCACUCUUUAGUGAAAUUGCGUUAUCUUUCGAUGGUAGCCAAUUCUAUAACAUAUUUGAGCAAUACAAGUCUUCUUGGAGUCGCUGAUCAUAUUGUUGAGUUGGAUAUCAGGAAAAUGGAUCUCACAAAUCUAGAGGCUGGAGCAUUCUGUAAGAUGUUUUCGUUGAAAUUACUGAGACUCAACUACUAUGAAAAUCUGAAAAAUUUCAAUAUCCCAACCCUUCUUCAGUAUAACAUUGGACUGAAAGAAUUGGAUCUCAAUAUUGAUGCGCCUACUGAUAAUGAUUUGAAUAAAGUAAUGGCAGGAAUAUUUCCACCGAAAUUGAAAACUUUAACGUUUACAGGAAUCGGAUUGAAAACACUCGGAACAAAUAUUCUACAGGGUGUGAGGAGUCCUGUUCUUUUUUUUGGUAUUCACAAUACGAGUAUUCUCAGGGUUCCCACAGAUGUAUUCGUGAAUCUUGAAUAUGCUUCUAAUUUGACCAUCGAUAUCAGAGGUAAUUCGAUUCAGACAUUUCAGAAUCCUUCGAGAGGAUUGAAACCCAAUUUGCAUAAGAAAACAUUCUUGAUGGAUGUGAAAAUAUCUGGAAACAAGUUGAUAUGUGAUUGUGAUUUGGGGUGGAUAGAGGUAUGGUUGAGGAAACGUCGACAAUACGUAUGUGGAGACAGUCCAAGUGCUUCAUCGUCUUUCAAUGAACACGAAUAUGAAUGCAGACAUGUGAAUGAUGAUAUGAGAACUGCCAUAUGCCAAAAUAAAAAUAAUGAUUCUGUUAUAGACGUUCUGAAAUCAGAAAUUGAAUGUGGUUGGAGCUCUUCAAAGACUCUGAGUCCAUCAGAGAAACUUAUUAUUACCAUUUUGUUGAUGUGCAUAUAUUUUUUGUAGACGACCCAGAAUCAAUAAAUUAUUAAUAAACUUGU